AUGACGGUUUCACGUGGUCAUGACGGUGAUCACUCGGGUCGCAGGCGCUCCUCCCUGUGCGCCAGACCGGCCUGGAUGUGCACACCUCCUCACUUCCUCCCGCGUACUUGUGUUCCAACAAAUCUCCUCUCACUUACUGGAAAAUUCCCGAUCAGAUCAACUGUACCACCACCCGGGUAUGCAACUCCUCGGUCUCUUACGAUCAACGCCUACCGUCCGAAUACUAUUCGUUAUCAGAGCACGGCUCAUGUGUGUCGCAUAAUCUCCCAGACUACAAAGUAUUCUCUUAAUUUUUUUGGUUCGAGGUCGCAAACUACUACAACAGUCGAAUCUCCAGUUCCCCUAGGCAUUUGCAAGCAUAUGAUCCGUGACAAAGCCUGUGCAUAUGGUGAAUACAGUGCGGUGGGCACUGUAUGGAAAACUAGUAACAAACUGGAUUUCGUAUGGCCCGCAGCGUCUUUCCAGUGUUUCUUUGAAAACAACUACAGUAUUCGCCUAUCACGGCUCAUCUACUGUCGAAAGCCCUAUUGGCACUGUCUGGCUGUCAUUACAGAGACGGAUCUUGUACCACCAACACCGGAGCAGCCAUCGUAUGGUCACCACAACACAAUGAGCAGUGCAGAGGUCCGACAUGGAAGCCGUAUAUGUCGGGGACAAUGGGGUCCGUACCGGGGACAAUGUGGUCCUAUAAUCUCCGUCCACGCAAGCCUCCAUCGUUCGAAUGCAGUCGUUACGGUAGAAGACCAAGUAGCUGACCCUCCAUGUGUCGACACUCAGAGGGCUAGCGAUACCAUGGACGUUUCGACGAUGGAUUCCGCGGUAGAGAUUCAACAGGAUGCAGAUAAGUCAUUUUAG